UUCUCCAAGAGCAAAGGACUUCCAGGAGCCAACAUACUAGAUACAGGAAGCAUUAGCUCAGUAGAAUCCCACAAGAGAAGCUUUACCUGCUCCAAGGAUGUCCUCACCGAGCUCAGACUCGGAGUGGAGCAAGAAGGAGAACAAGAUGUUUGAGGAGGCGCUUGCCUACUACGGCAUGGGCGCCCCCAACCUCUGGGAGAAGGUAGCCAGCGCCAUGGGGGGCACCAAGUCCGCCGAGGAGGUGCGCCGCCACUUCCAGUUCCUUGUUGACGACGUCAAGAACAUCGAGCACGGACGCAUCCCCUUCCCCAAGUACAAGACCCGGGGCUUCUGGACCUAAAAGGUAUAAUUCUCAACCA